UAAGGUGUAUUUCUGUUAGCUUGUCGCAGGUUUAAGCCGCACCGUUUCGGCUUCAUUACUAGCGUGAACACUUCAUCGGACAGCCAGAUAAUUCCUUUUAAAAGAACACUAUGAAUCAAGAGAAGCUCGCCAAACUCCAGGCACAAGUCCGGAUAGGUGGAAAGGGAACAGCUCGCAGGAAGAAAAAGGUUGUUCACAAAACGGCAACAGCUGAUGACAAAAAACUCCAGGGCUCGCUGAAGAAACUGGCAGUGAACAACAUCGCAGGAAUUGAAGAGGUGAACAUGAUAAAAGAUGACGGGACGGUGAUCCACUUCAACAACCCCAAAGUUCAGGCGUCUCUGUCCGCCAACACCUUCGCCAUCACGGGCCACGCCGAGACCAAGCAGUUGACAGAGAUGCUGCCAGGCAUCCUGAGCCAGCUGGGAGCCGACAGCCUCAGCAGCCUGCGCAAGCUGGCCGAGCAGUUCCCACGGCAAUCAAUGGACAUGAAAGCAGUCAAGGAGGAAAUUGCAGAAGAAGAGGACGACGAUGUACCAGAUCUCGUGGAGAACUUUGAUGAAGCCUCAAAGAAUGAAGCAAACUGAUGAAUCCUGUUUUGUUUUUUUUUCUCCUCCGUUAGCCGUUUUAUUUUAUACCUCUCAUGGACUCACAGAGGGCGUUUCCUCUCGUGGGGAAACACCUGUUAAAAGGUGCGACGCAUCAUCAUCUCCGGAGACGUGAACCACUUUGGUUUAGCGUGCCACUACAGCACAGCGACAUGCAGAUACAGUAGGCUUUGAUUUCAGUAGGCUGUCAUAUCGUGGACACGCCGAGAAACGAGGAUCCGCGCGAUUCUCUGCACCCAAAGGACUCCAACUACUCUAGAAAUAAGCUUUCUACAUGGCUAGUAUUUAAGAGAUUGUUUAUGAAAUUACUGUUUAAGUGAAUGAAGGAUUCACUUAACAUUAUAGCGGUGAUUAUGAAUUUAAUAAAACAAUUUUGGGCUAUGGA